AUGGCUCUCGGUAACGCCCUGUACCUGUUGACUGUUUCUGCAGUGUUGCUUUCGACCGUCCGCUACACAGUAUCCUCCAACGAGAAUACCAAAUUUCUGGUAAAUAGCAGACUGGAAGUAAACGUUAAGUCCUUACUGAGUGAAAUUUGUGGCACCAACUCAUCCCUGCUCAGCAUCGGUGUAAAGUCGCUUAGCAACGAGUACAGCGAUCGUACUGUCGAGAAUCUGUGUGGCAAUGAAACGACCGAAGUGUUGCUAUGGAUACCAGUAGGGAACUUUGGAAAUCUUGCCGAGCUAGCAUCAUCCAGUCGCUACCUGGGCAAGGGCGCUGGUGACGAGGAUUUUGCCGAGUACUGCAGUUAUGACGUAACGACCAAAUCGUGCGCUACUGAUAGCGGCGUUGUGGAGGGCUCCAUACUGCUACUGGCUGAGAAAUUCCCGGAACGCUACGAACUACGCGAUUUGGUAUACAAAAAAUGGCGCAACACGACCCAUCUCGGGACACCGAUUUUGGCGUACGCUACGCUAAAAAAUCGCGAACCAGCGUACAAGUACGUCGAUCAGGACAUUUCUUAUCUGUCGGAUACACGAAUUGAGUACGUUCUACCGUCGACCGUUACGCACGGUGUGCCGUUGUCCGUGUUUCGCGGCAAAACGGAAACGUACAAGCUAGUCGCCGGUGAGACUUACUACAGCAGAAAUUUUAAGACUAUUAACGCCAUCCGUUACAUGAGCCCUUACUCCACUAUUAACAUCACCGUCGUUGGAUCCGAAGGUCGCGAUUAUCGCGAGUUCCGUGCCAAGUUGGUUACGGUGUACACCGACGAGGAGGGUUACGGUUGGUCGCGAUCUUUAUCAGCUGUCGAGGCUGCGGUGAUUGAGACCAAGCUGACAGAAACACACGUAGAAUAUGCGCUGCCGGUUAAUUUGUACGAUACGCAACUACCCGUGCUACCACCAGGACUACCGACUAUCAACGAAGGCAACAACUUCGUCGACAAAGGGCAGUCGCCACCGAAGGGCAUUGUCGCGAAGCCCGAAAACAUUCACAUCCAUAUCAGCGAGCUGGACUUUGGCCAGGCAUAUCCUGGAUUCCGCAACGUAGCCAUCGGUGCCGCAGUUUUGUUCUUCUCCGUCCUUGGCAUAGCGAUCAUCGAUAUGAUUCGUCGCGUUAUCGCAAACCGCCGCGCCAAACGAUUGCAUCUCGGCAAGUACAGUCGGACGUAACGGCAACAAAU